CUGCUGGCUUCCGCCGUGAGAACCGAGGGGUACUGGGGAUGUAAACAAGAACAGACUAUUCAUUCCUGAUGGCUUGUAGUAUGUACUGAGAUAUGGCAUCUGAGACUGAGAAAACCCAUGCUUUACUCCAGUCUUUUAGCACUGAAUCCCUUAUCUCCAGCCUCGGUCUGGGGAUAUUUUGCCUCGUAGCUGACAGACUUCUUCAGUUUUCCACAGUUCAGCAGAAUGACUGGCUUCGCGCCUUCUCAGAUAAUGCAGUACAUUGUGUGAUUGGCAUGUGGUCGUGGGCAAUAGUCAUUGGAAUCAAGAAGAAGACUGACUUUGGAGAAAUCAUUUUAGCUGGAUUUUUAGCCUCUGUUAUUGAUGUAGACCACUUUUUUCUAGCUGGAUCCCUGUCUUUGAAGGCUGCUUUGACGCUUCCACGAAGACCUUUCCUUCACUGUUCUACUGUGAUACCCGUCGUGGUUCUGACGCUGAAAUUUACUAUGCACCUUUUCAAGCUCAAAGACUCAUGGUGCUUUCUUCCCUGGAUGUUGUUUAUAUCCUGGACUUCACACCAUAUCCGAGAUGGGAUUCGUCAUGGCUUAUGGAUAUGCCCAUUUGGAAAAACUUCUCCUUUGCCUUUCUGGCUUUAUGUAAUAAUCACAUCAUCUUUACCUCACAUCUGUUCAUUUGUCAUGUAUUUAACAGGGACCAGACAAAUGAUGUCUUCAAAACAUGGAAUUCAUAUUGACGUCUGA